AUGUCAGCUUUAAGUUACAACCAACCCAACUCUUCCGUGGCUCCAUAUGAACCUUCAAAACCUUGUCCGCAGUUGGACGUACAUUCUAAUAGCAGACGAUAUAUUCCUGAAGGCAGACUUGCUAAAGACGAUGUUUCAAAGACGACUAUUAAACCACAGGAUAACACACUUCCGACUAUCUUAGUCAACGUUCCUCUACCUUCUUCAACACUUCCGACCUUCUCUUUUUUGGUCUCUUUCGAAAAAUUUCACGUGACCGCUGCGUCCAAAGCAGGUUAUAACAAGAUCUACGAAUGUAGGCAUUCAAAAAGUUUCUUUUUUGAGGUUGUCGAUCAAAUACCAGACACCAAUGAAAUUCAUCUGAAGAUUUACACAAACGAUCAUUAUAUGUCAUCUACCCCAAUUCGGUAUUAUUCCACAAGCAAAUUACCUAAUCAUCGAUUUCAAAUAUCAAAGUGCCUCACGCAUUUUUUUUUGCAUCAACGAGUUAUUCCUCGGCGUAUUCAAAAUAAAUUUUUUAACAUGAUACGACUCAAGUUGUUAGAUAGACUCAAUCUGAUAGCAUCACGUGAAGGAAAAAUCACGUGCAGUAACAACAUUACGAAAACUUUUUUUAACUUCUCUUAUAAACGAUACAGAUUUCACUUUGGUAUCUAUGUAGCUUGUAAUUACUUACCUACAAAGAAGUCUCUCCAUUAUAAGACAACACCAUGUCGUACACCGUGCCCUUUUGUUAGAAAUUUUAAUCGACACGCUUGUAUCCAACAUCAUUCGGCCAUCGCUCAAAUUACACAUACACCCUCAGAGGAUAAGGCUGCAUCAGCACCCGUGAAUAACAUCAUUCAUCACAAGAGUAUUCACGCCAACAUAAUUUAUGAAAAAUAUAAUGAUAACUCAAAGCAAAAAAUUUUUUCGAAUCGAUUGGGCAUUUCUUAUACAACGCGUUAUGAAGCGCACAACCUUGACUCACUUUUACCCCCUUACAAGGCUGUUGGUCCCAUGUACACUAAGAUUUAUGAAAAUUUCUCUCGUAUGUUAAGUUCUAAUCCACGAACAGCUGUACGACAAAAAGCUCGUUUUGACCGAUCUUGUCGACGUAUCUUCAAUAGUAAUAAGCCCAAAUCUGGGAUGGCUCUCAAACUCCGACAAAAGAUUAGACUGGCGAAUCAAUGGAAAUUCCUUUUCUAUCCGUACCAAAGGAUCAAUAAACGGAUUUUUCACUUAAAGUUCAACUUGGGAUUAUUCAAUCGCUUCCCAAGCGUUCCCUUAUUCCGUUUUCCAUACGAUCAGAACUGUACUCUUUUACAUUUACCUGAUGAUAGGUUUUUCCCUCCUCACAUUACCUCUGCACUACGCAGUGCUAUCAAGGAUCAGGACUCCGAAGAAGAGGAUAUUUCUUCAACCAUUGAUGGCCGGGAUGAUACAUCUGAAAAUUCUUAUAGGAAUUGGUAUAUCAAGAAUCUUAUUGACGAACACUAUGGUAUAGGUGCAUCGGAAUACAUCGAUGCUGUGCUUUUAAUACAAGACUCUACAAUUCAGCUAUCCUUAAGAGACGCACAUAUUUUAGGUUUAGAUGAAGAUCGCAUCAGUGAGAUCAAAGCUCGUGAUCGUCUUAACGAACGGUUAAAUGUCAUUAAGGACAUAAAAGAUCAUAAUACUUCUGCCAAACAUUAUCUUAGGCGUACUAAUGCUAUGGAGUUUUUUACCCAAAUGACUGAUAAUUUUGAUGAACGUAUGGCCAGUAUUCGCAAAUUCGCGUAUGGAGCAACUACAAGGAAACCCUUCGACAAACGACCAGGAGCUUCAAACCGUCUUAAUAAAUUGAUAAUAGAUUAUGGACGACAAUACAGGGAUGAACAUUACCCCUUUAAACCAUACCAUGCCAUCAUUCGAGCAAACAACAUCGAAUACGUAAAAGACGACCUAGGUGAUACCUCCGACGACACGAAAAUACUAGAACGUCGGCAAAAAAAGCGUCGCGCGAAACAUAAUCAUUAUAAUAAUUAUGGUGAUCUUAUACCUUUAACAAAAAAAAUUUGUCUUUUUGAUUGUAGGGAUACCAAAGAAGAUGACUUCUUACCCUCUAAUAUAGAUUUAUUCUUUAAAUUUCGUAGUUAA